AUGGAUGCUAAGAACUGUCCACACGCAUGGAAGGGGCAGUAUCAAGGAAGAGAAGGAGUUGCAACUCUCAUACUGGAGGCAGUUGCGGACAGAGAUCUAUGGAUAUGGCAUUCGUUUUUUGGGAUGCCAGGUAGCUGCAACGAUAUUAAUGUGCUUCAUCGAUCCCCUGUGUUCGAAGACGUCUUAGAGGGUCGGACACCUCCUGUCAACUUCGUAGUCAAUGGUCAUCAUUAUACGAAUGGGUAUUAUCUUACUGAUGGAAUCUACCCUAGAUGGGCUUCUUUUGUGAAAUCCAUUACGAGUCCACAAACUCAUAAGGAUCGUUUAUUCGCAAAACACCAGGAAGCUGCAAGAAAAGACGUUGAACGUGCAUUUGGGGUCCUUCAAGCUCAUUUUGCCAUUAUUAAAAAGCCGUCUUUGGCGUGGGAUACCGACAUACUCCACAAUAUCAUGCUCGCCUGCAUCAUAAUACAUAAUAUGAUCGUUGAAGAUGAACGAGAGACGUAUCAAAAUAACGUUAAUACCAAUGAGUUUAUGAAUGCUGGAGGGAACGCUAAUGAGGACACUACCGAGUACCGUACUGAUCGUAUUGUGGAUAUCGGCUUACAAUUGUCUAGUAGAACAGAGAUUGAGGAUCAACAGACUCAUUUGCAGCUAAAAAACGACUUGGUCGAACAUAUAUGGAAUAAAUUUGGUAACAACGAAAACUUAGGCAACUAG